CUUGUGAACAUUCACGAACUUGGAUUCUGACCACAAACAAAUUGCUGCAGAACAAAAUGAUAAGAGUCAUUCCUUCAUCUGUCGCAACACUCUUUGUCUUAACCAUCUUUUGGACCGUUCCAAAUAAUGCUGUGGUCUCAGCUACUUCAAACAAUGGAGGCGUUACAAGGCACUACCAGUUCGACAUAAGGCUGAAAAACAUUACCAGGCUCUGCCACACUAAGAACAUGCUCACCGUAAAUGGGAAGUUCCCGGGACCUCGUGUUGUUGCCAGAGAAGGAGACAGAUUAGUGGUUAAGGUGGUGAACCAUGUUCCAAACAACAUCACCAUUCAUUGGCACGGAGUGAGACAGCUACGUAGUGGAUGGUCGGAUGGACCAUCUUACAUAACUCAAUGUCCGGUACAAAGUGGUGAGAGUUAUGUGUACAACUUCAGCUUGGUUGGGCAAAGAGGAACUCUCUUCUGGCACGCACACCAUUCGUGGUUAAGGGCUACUCUCUAUGGACCCCUCAUCAUUCUCCCAAGAACCAACCAAUCUUACCCAUUUGCCAAACCCUACAAGGAAAUUCCCAUCCUAUUUGGAGAGUGGUGGAAUGUGGAUCCUGAAGCAGUGAUUGCACAAGCUCUUCACACAGGGGGUGGUCCAAAUGUCUCUGAUGCCUACACCAUUAACGGGCUUCCUGGACCCCUCUACAAUUGCUCCACUAACGAUACGUUCAACCUAAGGGUGAAGCCGGGGAAGACGUAUCUUCUACGUUUGAUCAACGCUGCAGUGAAUAAUGAACUCUUUUUCAGCAUAGCAAACCACACCAUGACGGUUGUUGAAGCUGAUGCUGCAUAUGUUAAACCCUUCAACUCCGACAUCAUCGUCAUUAGUCCAGGACAAACCACCAACGUCGUCUUGAACACAAAACCUGAGUACAUAAAUGCUACUUUCUUCAUGCUAGCCAGACCAUUUUUCACUGCUAAGGGUACCUUUCUCAGUUCCACGUUAGCCGGCAUUCUAGAAUACGACAACGACAACGACAACGACACCCCUCCUUCGGAAUAUUCAGACAUGAAAAACCGUACCCUACUGAAACCAACCCUUCCUGCUAUUAACGAUACAUCGUUCGUUGCGAAUUUCAGUCGUAAAUUUCGCAGUUUGAACAGCGCAAAGUACCCUGCGAACGUCCCUCAGAAAGUUGACAGGAGUUUCUUCUUCACGAUAGGUCUCGGGAGCAUUCCCUGUCCCAGAAACCAAACAUGUGAAGGGCCUAACAAGAGAACAAAAUUCGCUGCUUCCAUGAACAACAUAUCUUUCGAUCUCCCUUCGGUGGCAAUUCUUCAACAGCAUUAUUUCUCAGGGAAGGAUAACGGUGGUGAUUACACCACGGAUUUCCCAGUAGUUCCCCCGAGAGCCUUUAACUACACGGGGACACCACCGAAUAACACGAUGGUGAAGAUUGGAACGAAGGUGGUGGUGAUACCUUACAACACGAGAGUGCAGGUGGUGCUGCAGGACACUAGCAUCUUGGGAGCAGAGAGUCAUCCGUUACAUCUUCAUGGGUUCAACAUGAUGGUGGUGGGUCAAGGUUUUGGGAACUUUGAUCCUGUGACAGAUCCUGGGAAGUUUAAUCUGGUGGACCCUGUGGAGAGGAACACCAUUGGUGUGCCUUCUGGUGGUUGGGUUGCGAUUCGCUUUGUCGCUGACAACCCAGGAGUUUGGCUGAUGCACUGCCACAUUGAUUUGCACCUGAGUUGGGGGUUGAGGAUGGCUUGGAUUGUGAACAACGGCAAACUCUCUCAUCAGAAGUUGCUCCCUCCACCUUCGGAUCUCCCAAAAUGUUGAUCAUCAUUUUGGAAAGUGUAGUUUUUUAAUUUCUAUGUAGGGAAUGAACAAAAAGUUGCUUUCAAGUUUUAAAUUUUAGGAUCCAGAUUUCUGGUAGCUAUCUAAUCAUGCAUGCAUUCGGAAGAAUACCUUCAUUCUUCUCCCCCAAAAGUGUCUAUUACAAAUUAAGUAGCUAGGAUAGCUACUCCAGGACUUUUUAAUCAUCCCAAGUUUAAUUGUUAUCAGACAAAUAUCUAUGUUUUGUAGGUUAUCUAUGUAUUUUCUUUU